AUGUCCAGUGAGUCAUCCGAGAGGACCGUCACCGCCGCCGGUGCUGCGUCGCCGGCGACCGCCUCCAAUCCACUAUCCGGGGCACACCACUUUGUGUCCAUAAAAUUGACAAUGCGCAACUUUCCUUUUUGGAGGACUCAGUUGGUGCCAUUCCUCCGUGGCCAGGAGUUGCUGGGGUUCGUUGAUGGCGAGAUCCCGUGCCCUCCACCGCUCAUCGCUGCUAUGCCGGAAUCCGGCGAAUCCGCGACUGCCUCCGCCACCCCGACUUCGAUCCCGAAUCCUGACUACAAGGCGUGGAUCAGACAAGACCAGGCAAUCCUGUCUUUACUCAUCUCAUCCCUCUCGGAUGAGGUGAUGCACUUAGCGGUUGGCCGUUCAACAUCGCGGGAAGUGUGGGAGUCCAUCACCACGGCGCUGAGCAGCUCCACCCGAGCACGUUGUCUGAGUCUUCUCGAUCAGUUCCACCUCGGUAGAGCGCAAUUACUGGUGGAAAACAUAGCGCUAGCCGGAUGA